UGGCACUCCUCAGCUAGCAUUAAUUACUUCAAUUCCUUCCAUAUCUACCCACACAGCAAACACAAUCUCUCUCUCUCUCUCCCUCUCUCUCUCUCUCGUACGUACUGUAAUUCCUUCUCCUUUCUAGCCUAGCUAGCCAGAGAUACAUAUAUCGAUAUGAAGAUUAAAGGAGCAGGAGCAGGAGCAGGGAAGCGGUACGCUCUUCUGCUGGCAGCGCACGACUCUGAGUAUGUGAAGAAGGCGUACGGCGGAUACUUCAACGUGUUUGUGGCGGCGUUUGAGGAGGAUGGAGAGCAGUGGGAUUUGUUCAGAGUGGUGGAAGGAGAGUUCCCCCAACCGAACGACCUUCACAACUACGACGGCUUCGUGAUCAGCGGCAGCCCCUUCGACGCCUACGCCAAUGACCACUGGGUCCUCAAGCUCUGCUUUCUACUCCAAAUCCUCGACGUCAUGGAGAAGAAAAUCCUCGGGAUUUGCUUCGGUCACCAGGUGCUGUGCAGGGCUCUGGGAGGAAAAGUGGGAAGGGCGUACAGUGGAUGGGAUAUUGGGCUGAGGAAAGUGAGAAUGGCGAGGAAGGGUGAUCUGGCGGGUGGACGCAGUAGCAGCUUCCUGGAUGAGGUGGGCGAAAUUCCACCGUCGCUUUCCAUCAUAAAGUGCCAUCAAGAUGAGGUGUGGGAGGUUCCCAUGGGCGCAGAAGUGGUGGCAUUCUCAGAUAAAACUGGAGUGGAGAUGUUCACCCUGGGAGACCACAUUCUUGGGAUUCAAGGUCAUCCUGAGUACACCAAAGACAUUCUCUGCAACCUCAUCGAUCGUCUCCUCUCCAAUGGCUCCAUUGAGAGGGGUUUUGUGGAAGACGCCAAAUCGAGACUGCAGAAAGCGGAACCGGACAGAAAGUGUUGGGAAAAGCUGUGCAGAAGAUUUCUUAAAGGAAAAAUAAAUCAGCCUACUUUUUAAUUGAAUUGUAUUUUUCGCUGUGGCAUAAACGGGGCUCCCAUGUCAUUCUCUUCAGUUUAUUCAUUUUCAUGGCUAAAUUUGUACUCUUAUUCUGAACUUCGUGAAAAGGCCAACGCAUACGCACGGUUACCAGUUUCCACAAUUAUGUCUAAUUAUACAUUGUGUACUCUGCAAAUUGUUCCUUCUUUUCUGAUUGGGAUGAUGUGCAACUCAUAUUCUCACUUAACAUUAAUAAAACCUUUUUGUUCAAUUUUAAUUUAA